CAUUUAUAAACAAUCUCUCUUCUUCCUCUAUAUCUUCGAAAAUUGCAGUCAGAGCAUGGAAAGGGAGAGCCGAGAAGAAGCAGACGAAAGGAGAGAAGCAGCUAUAGCCUCAGCGGCGUGUUUACGCCCCAAUUUCAAGCCCAAAUCUGGAAUUACUGAAUCGCAGCUCUCCAAAUUUCAGGAAUUGCGCAGGAGACGUUUACAAAUCAAAGCCAAAUCUAAAAUACUGAAGCAAGACAAAGGAGCUAAAGGGAAAGGGAAAACCCACAAGAAGCCCGCUGAAAGUCAGGAAAGCUCUGAUCAAGAAGCAAGUAAACCUACUAUGAAUGGCACUGCUGAUUUGAAACCAGAAAACAGAGUGGUGAAUGUAUCGUCUGAAGUAGACAAUGUAGCAAGAAACGCAGCUGUGAAAACCCGCCAGAAGUUGUUUUGGGGGCUUGACACGAAAGAGAGGUGGGAGAGGAAGUCCAACAUGUGAAAUUGCCCCCACAAGUUUUUAUGUGAAUCAUGUUACUUCCGGUAUGUGCUGGAGUUUGAAGGAGAGGGGAUGAAGCAGAGAUUGUGUCGAUUAUACAAGGUUAUCUUCCUCAGCUCCAAAGACGAUUAUGUGAUUUACUUCUUUUGUGUUUGUGGUGUUUUAUCAACGGCUAGCCAGUCUCCAACUAAUGGUAAAGGGAGAUCAAGCCUUACAAAGUGAAUCGCAUAUGUUUGGUAAGAUGCAUACCUUUUGGCAUUGUGAGUAUGAUCUUUAUGGUCCACAUUUUCACUCAAGAAAUCUGAGAAUAAAGUUCUGCAAUAUGUUAUUUUUAUGGUCCACAUUUUGGAUGCUUACAAUUGUCAACCGAACAAUUUUACUCAUGUGAUGCUAGUUCGUGUAUAUAUAAUGAACACGGAAUAAAUUAGAUUUACAUGUUCGUGUAUCCAUUUUUUGAUAUGAUAAA